AUACCAAGAAGCCGACAAAGACAAAUUAAAAGCCAAUAAAAAGCCGCCACGUAGUUUUUGGAGACGAAGAAGAUCCCGAGGAGGGACCGCGAGAGAUCAGCUAUGUCCGAAAGCGGCGGGCCUGACUUCAGCCUGUCGGACGAGAUUCUGGCGGUGAUCCCCACCGACCCUUACGAUCAACUCGAUCUGGCGAGGAAGAUAACUUCCAUGGCCAUCGCUUCGAGGGUUUCGAACCUCGAGUCCCAAGUCUCCGUCCUCUCACAGAAGCUUGUCGACAAGGAUCGGCUUGUCUAUGAGCUCGAGGCCAGAGCAUCUUCCUUGGAAAGACUCUACAAGGAGGCUGACUCCACAUUGAAGAAUGUCCUCGAUGAAAAUAUGAAACUAACUCAAGAGCGAGAUUCACUGGCGAUCACUGCCAAGAAACUAGGUCGUGAUUUUGCAAAGCUGGAAGCAUUCAAGAGACAAUUGAUGCAGUCUUUGAAUGAUGAGAAUCGAUCUGUAUGUCAAACCGACAACACUGAUGUCAGACAGGCUCCUCGAGACCAAGAUGAGAAUUCAAAUGGCUUUUCCACACACGAUUCCAACAACCAAGGUUUAAAAAGUGAAGAGAGGCAAAGAGUGUCUUUGACACCGCAAUUGUCUCCCGGUUAUACUCCGAGCGGAACACCAAAGAUCCUAUCGACUGGUGGGUCACCGAGAAGCUACUCUGCUGCUUCAUCUCCGAAGCUAUUCUCUGGCGCCGCAUCUCCAACAUCCUCACAUUAUGAUAUACGUCUUUGGUCUUCAUCAAGCCAGCAGUCUUCACUACCAAACUCACCUCCUCGCUCACAUUCUGCUUCAGUAGCUCGCCGUCCGCGGAUUGAUGGGAAAGAGUUCUUUAGACAAGCCAGGAGCCGUUUGUCAUACGAACAGUUCAGCGCAUUUCUGGCGAACAUCAAGGAACUAAACGCUCGGAAGCAGAGCCGGGAGGAAACAUUACGGAAAGCGGAGGAGAUAUUCGGGGCGGAAAACAAUGAUCUUUACAUAUCGUUUAAGGGACUUCUCACAAGCGGGCGUUGAAAGACAUAUAGGCACCAAACACCUUUUUUUGUAGCUUCUUUGGACCACCAAUACAUACUACUACUAAACUUUGUUGAGUACAUCUGAAAAUGAGGGCGAGUUUAUAAUAAGAUUCUCAGACGAUUUAACAGAAAAAUAAAAGCAGAGAAUGUAUUUAUAAUGGAUUCAUUGUUUGAACAAGAGUGAUUUCUUUAUGAUGCUCAUUCA